UCCCAGGAUUGCAAAAUGGGCUUUUGCUUUCGCUUACUUUUAGAUAUAACCCAUUCGAGCAUCAAAGCGAUUCAGUCUGCUGAGUGAGACGGAGGAGAGAUGGCAGACAGUCCGGAUGAAACUACCGAAUUAAUAAGAAACAAACCAGCCCGAAUCAGACAUGGAAGGCUUUUCCUUGCUGUCUUUUCAGCUGUUUUGGGCAAUUUCAAUUUUGGAUUUGCCUUAGUGUUCCCCUCCCCUGUCAUCCCCCAGCUUCAGAAGGGUGAUGACCCUCGGCUCCAAAUGGACAUCCAUCAGAUAUCAUGGUUUGGUUCGAUUUUCACCCUUGGAGCAGCCUUAGGGGGUCUUAGUGCCAUGGUGCUGAAUGACCGAGUUGGGAGAAAGAUGAGCAUCAUGUUGUCUGGAGUACCAUCUGCUGCAGGUUUCCUUGUGAUGGGGGCCGCACAAAACUUCUGGAUGUUAUUAUGGGGCCGAUUUCUGACUGGCAUCGCUGGUGGUAUCACUGCUGGCUCCAUUCCUGUGUAUGUGUCAGAGAUUUCACACGCAUCUGUGAGGGGUACGCUGGGUUCGUGUCCUCAGAUCACAGCUGUCUUUGGAAGUCUAGCACUUUACGCCCUUGGCCUGAUUUUGCCAUGGAGAUGGCUGGCUGUGGCUGGGGAGGUCCCUGUGGUUAUCAUGAUGAUUUUGCUUUGCUUUAUGCCGACCUCGCCACGUUACCUCACCAUGAAAGGAAACAGAGCAAAAGCAAUCAAAUCGCUAGAAUGGCUCAGGGGCCCCAAUUCUGAUUACUUGACUGAGUUCAAUAAGAUCGAGCGCAGUAUCAACUCUCAGGGCGCACAAUGGAGUGAUCUUAAAACACCUUUAUACUAUAAACCUAUCCUAAUCUCAGUCUUCAUGAGAUUUCUGCAGCAGAUGACUGGUAUAACCCCAAUUCUGGUAUAUUUGGAGCCCAUCUUCAACAUGACAGCUAUAUCACUGGAACCGAAAUAUGAUGCAGCAUUAGUGGGAGCUGUAAGAUUGAUCUCUGUCGCUAUUGCAGCCAGUUUGAUGGACAAAGCAGGCCGAAAAGCUUUGCUCUUCACUUCAGGAUUUUUGAUGUAUCUAGCCACGCUUUCAAUGACCAUGUACACCCACAGAACACCAUGCAGCCAUGGCAAUCUUACCUUAACAGAGGGUUUGAAGAACGCCUAUGGAGGCUCAACAAGCCCUGCCUUCGAUCCAGUGACUCUAAUUCCUCUCAUUAGCACUAUGGUCAUCAUAUUUGGUUAUGCUAUGGGUUGGGGACCAAUCACAUGGCUGCUAAUGUCAGAGAUUUUACCCUUGGGUGCACGUGGUGUAGCAUCUGGUUUGUGUGUUGGUGUUAGCUGGAUCACGGCCUUUAUACUGACGCAACUCUUCAUGCACGCGGUGGGAGAAAGCGUCAGUGACGGAAGCGCGCAGUUUGAAGUAACGCGCUCACUCGUGUGUGUGUGGGUUGCCAGUAAUGUUAAGUUCAUUUUCUUCAAAAGCAACAACCAUCCACUUUCUCUUUCAGCUCAUUCCAUAUCAAGGCUUGUGGCUUUCCUUUCAUUGUUUGGAGUCUGCAAAGAAGGACACAUUCAAGGAAGAGAUCGUAGACAUCUUCCCAUGGUGGAUGUGGCGGUGUUCUUGUUCUUUCUUCUAAGCACUUUGAUUCUUUUGAUCUUGGAUCACAAUCAGUUGCAAGGCUCUUUGAAACGAUCUGAACGCCUCACUAAACCCCAGAGGUUUUUCCUUCAAAUGGAUUUUUUUGCCAACUUCAUUUUUGGCCUCAUGUGGUUGGUUUUUCCAGGAUGGCUACUUGGGUCACAGAUUAGUGGAUCUGAAGAUAAUCUUCAUCUCACACGUGCAUUUGGAGCCAUGAUGGUUGGAGACAGCUUUGUUUCUUUUACCACUCAGAAACAAAUGGCAACCAAUGAGGUAUCUGUCUUCAGCAGCCGAGCUGUGGGGACUUUGGCGGUUGUCGUCUUCAUGAUCCACACCCAGCUCACCACAUCAGUGUGGAAAACCCCACAUCUCUGUUUCUGCCUAGUAGGGGUCAGUCUCUGGGCUGCUAACUCCAUCCUUGGUUACCUGAGCUCCAAAGACGCGAGGACAGAGUCAGUGGAUGAUAUAUAUUGGCGUGCUGUACAGGAAAACGACAGAAGACUUUAGGCACAAUAGGUUUUUUCAUAUGCAAAUAUCUGCAGACAUCAUUCUGUGCAUUUUGAGGCUUUAUAAUGUUUAUGACAAACUGUUUAUACUGUAAAUAUACUGUUAUUGUGUUUAGAAAUAUGACAUACAUGUAUUCCUUUGUAAAUAAUUGUUGUUUUUAAUUGUAAUAUUUUGUAAUUGUAAUCAAUAUUGUUCAUCAUGCAGAUAAAGACAAAGUGGUCAUGUUGUGAGUGCAGGUGAUGUGAAGAGCACUUCAUAAAAAGUAAAAACAUUUUGUCAGCUGUCUGUGACCCGCCUUUCACACUCUCAGGUGUCGAGUCAUUCUGCUGCAAUAUUCACUGAACCAUUUGUUUUGUAACUUUGGAUCCAACAACGGAUGUUCCCACAAGCACAAAACUGCAAAUAUUCCAACAUGUAUGAACUGUGCAGGAGUGCAGUUUCUGUUUUUAUUAGUAUUUUAUUUUAUUUUUUUAAUUUUUGUGAAAAUAAGGAUUAUUAGCAUAGCAUCAAAUUGUAAUAGUUCCUCAGAAUAUUCUUAUUCACAAUCAGAACUGUUUUGCUAGAUUCUGACAUAUGCGAGAACCUUUCUUUCUUUCUUUCUUUCUUUCUUUCUUCUUUCUUUCUUUCACCUCUGGCCAAUUGGCUACAUCUCCUGUCAUGUGUUGAUUAUCACUGGCAUCUUAAUAAAGUGUUUGGCAGUU